GCCGCGCCCCCUGGCGUCGCGUGACGUCGUUGAGCGGUCCGGAAGUUCCCGCACGUGUGCUCCCUGUUCUGCUCCUGGCCCCUUGGCCUGGCUGUCACCGGCAAUGGGUCGCUCUCGCCGGACAGGCGCGCACCGAGCGCACUCCCUAGCCCGCCAGAUGAAGGCGAAGCGGCGGCGGCCGGACCUGGAUGAGAUUCACCGCGAGCUGCGGUCGCAGAGUCCCGCACGGCCCCUGCCGGACCGGGACGCCGAGCCCGACCCGGACCUGCCAGGGGGAGGCCUGCAUCGCUGCCUGGCCUGCGCGAGAUACUUCAUCGAUUCUGCCAACCUGAAGACCCACUUCCGAUCGAAAGACCACAAGAAAAGGCUGAAGCAGUUGAGUGUCGAGCCCUACAGUCAGGAAGAGGCCGAGAGGGCAGCGGGUAUGGGUUCCUAUGUUCCACCCAAGCGGCUUGCAGUGCCCACAGAAGUGUCCACUGAGAUCCCUGAGAUGGAUACGUCUUCCUGACAUGGUCUGGGGAUGCAAGGUAGUGGAGCUGCCCAUGGACAGUGAUGUACGGACUAGGCUGGGAGAGAGUGCGCCAGCUUCUUUUGGCCCUGGGUUUGGGGAGUGGAUGGCCUCUUCUGGGUGCCCUGCCCCCAAUAAAGAAACUGGACAAAGAG